AUGGCGGGAAAAAUCACCUAUUCGAAGCGGCCGAACAAGCGUCGGGUACCUCAUGACCAAGACGCAGCGCACGAGGAAGACGACAGUCGUAAGCGGAGUAAGGCAGAUGCUGAAUCAAAUGAAUCGCGACUGCCAACACCACCCCCGAGCCGAAAAGAAAGAAAGUCAUUUUCUAAAGGUCCAGUGUCCAUUCCAGAUGACGACAUGUAUCCCCCGCGCUCUGUGUUCGAUAAAGUGCUUGGAAACAAACAACACCGAGCCCCCAAACCAGAUGAGAGUAGUAUUCGGGACAACCAGGAGAACUACGUAGAGAUCAUGAAGAACGGGAAAACAUCACAACAGCAGAAUGGCUGGGCAAGGAAUGGCUCUCUGCCAACACCACCAGCGGAGGCGCAGAGGAAGGCUCAUCAACAAGCGCGAAGGGAUGAGAAUCUUGCGCGAUACAAGAGAGUUGCGAACGAGGGCGAAUCGAGGAUGUUUGAAGCAUCGUUGUCUAAACCUUCGACCCAGACUUCGCAGCUCUUUGAGCGGAUCAUCAAGAAUGAGCAGCCAAAAGAGCCAUAUCAGCCCAAGGCCUAUAAGGCUGAGUGUAUCGCAGCACCACGGCGGACCAUAGCUGGAGAGCGACUAUCAAGAAGAUCAGAGCAAGCCCAGAUAUUCAUGGCGAACCAGGCCAACUCACCUCUUCUGCAACUCCCUGAGGACGUCAGGAAUCUCAUUUACAAGCAUGUGCUUGGUGGCAGGACCAUCAAUAUCAGCUACGAGAAUUACCGCACUAAUUAUGACCCUACAAAACCCAAGAGGGCCCAGGACGUCGUGCCUGUCUUCAAGUACCGAUGCACAGUAUUCGACGGUAAACGAAAUCCAUAUACAGCGGUAGCAGCACAGCCCUGGCUCAAACCGCCCACAACGUUCACUUUACUCAAUGGCGUCUGCCGCCAGAUGUACGAGGAGACGGCGACUCUGCCAUAUCAGCUCAACCUGAUCGCUUUUGACUCACAUAAUAUCAUGUUCAACUUCUUGUUGCUGGAGAAACGCCUACGUCUUGAGCAACUUGAUGCAUUGACGGAGUUUAUGCUGCCAGAGACGUUGCCAGGGUCGAAUACACUAGCCUGCCUAAGGAACGUCGAGAGGGUGUUUCUCGGGGUCGCACAGGAGGGGAGGGUCAGAGGCGCGUAUCGCGUCGUCCGCACCGAGGGCGAGGAACCACGGCUAACCAAAAUCACCAAGUAG